UUACUAGGAGGACGAAACUGAAAAAAUUAUUGGUGGGAAUCUUUAAGUAGUGUUGCCUUGGGCAUUGUGCACAUGUUAUUUUUUUAUUGAUGUAUUUUUGUUAUUCAGUUAGGGAUCUAAAUGUAUCCCUUAUAAAUAGCGAGUGAGGCUGUUGAUGUUCUGGUUUAGAAGUAAACGAAUUCUUGAGGUACGGCCUGGCAGAAGAUUCUUAAAAUGGAUGGAGUUGUGGAAUUGAGGAAUUUGAUAAAAGAUCCUGCCAUUGAAGUUCGGCUUCAAAGAGCGCCUUCUUAUAUUCAACCAUUUCUAAAUGAGCCAGUCGGUGAAAAUAUACUACUCGUGUACAAGAAGCUGGUGACAACGAAUGUAACUACAAAUGAGAUCUCAGUGCAAGAUUGUAGUGCAGACUCUGAGCUGUUAGGUUCUCCUUUGGCAUACCCAUUCAGUCCAGGUGAUUACAAUGAUGAUACAGUCACUGAUGGUCCAAGAAAACAGUGGCAGAAGGAUGAAGAGAAUCAUGGUUCUCUUUCAGUAAUCAAAGCCAGGAAGAUACUAAGUUUAUGCAACCUGUACGCACAAUAUCAGAAAGUACCUGUGUGGGUAGUCUGUGAUGGCUCAGAUCCUAGACAGACCAUCUUGCUCUCAUCGUUCCAUGACAGGAAGAGUGGCUGGGUAACUCGCAACAUGGUGCGCUUGUUGGGACACUGGAGCUACAAGCAGGCUGAAGAAUAUGCAGUUAAAGCGAGGGAAGAACACCUUUCCAUCACCAAAAUUUCAGGAUGUGAGGUGAGGACUCUCAUAUCACAUGUAUAUGACAUCUGUCAGGCAAGCUAUACACGGUGCAAUGUAUCAGUUCGUUUGUCAUGGUCCAGUCCCUUCCUCAAUGCACCGCCUCCGGUUUCUGCAGAUGCUGUUCUGGAGAUGCUUAUUGUGGUUGAGCAGCCAUCCAGUGCUGCUUACAAGCUGUGGAGGCAGCUGAAGCUGCUACACCAGCUUGUUGCCCUGCUGGCGGUAUCCAGAGGUGUAACAGGCUGUGUAGAGCUCCCCAGGUUAGGGUGUGAUGAUGGGAACAGCACUAGAACGGAAACUACCGAUGUAAUGAACCUGUUCCACGAGACUGGUUACUUUGCUGUGAAAUGCCAAGGGACUACACGUUCUGCAGAG